AAGAAAGUUAAUCGGUUACGUGUUGUUUAAGUAUAAAAAAAGUAGUGAAAUAACAUGCAUAAUUUGUUAUUUUUAGCUCUUGCUGAAACGAACAACCGCAACGCCUUUCUUACUGAUUCUAUUGUGUUGUCAGAGCAAAUUUAAUCCGGUAAGACGAUCAAAAAGUAACGUAAUCAUUUGACCCGGUUAAAAUACUCUCUAUAGCUUUUAUACACUUGAUAUCAACUGUUUGACACGGUAAAGAGGUUCUUUGCCUUGACGGAUGUCUACAGUUUUGUAAAAGUUUUGGUAAAUUACGCGGUGUCAACAAAACAGUUGCCACCAUAUAUUAACAUUUUACCAGUUGAGUGAUACAUUAUUUGAAAUACAACCUAAGUUUUACAAGCGUAUUGCUUUGGGAUUUGCGUUUAGUGAAUAAUAAGAUUAUAUAAAGAUAUUUGUAUUAUAGUCAACCUGCCUAGAAAUGAGCCAAGUGCUGUUUAAGGAUUGUAAACAAGCACAUUUUUGUGGAUGAGUAUCGUGCUUAGUGCUACUAAAAGACACACCAAACCAGACGGAUAACAUGUCGGAUGAUAAACUGGAUUCAAUAAUGUCAGAGACUCAAUCUACAGCGAUGUCGGUGUCAGAUAUGGAUGUCAGUUGGUCGGCCAACGGGAGCUCAGUCGGGGAUCCCUCUCGAGAGUCGAACUCUGCGUUCAUCACCGAGCAGAAGGCACAACCUUCCAGCGCACGCAGAUCGAAAUGCGUUUCGGCCAAGAAUUCCGGUAUGCGCUUUCAAGGUUGGCGGGAACCGAAGCCCUUACGGCCUCGUUGUUACUCAGCCCUUGUUACCAAUUCCGACACAGCAACCACUGAGUUGAAAGUCUCCCCGCGGCGCAGUGCUGGCAGAGCCCCGUUGUCAGCCAGCAGCUCCAAGCCAGUGAAGUCAGCGAGUUCCUCGUCAGGGCGGCUCGGUCAAAGUCAUGGGGUCACGGACUGUGGAAAGGCGGAGUCAAAAACGCUAUUGCGCCUUUCGCAGCCGACAGCAUCGAGCGCGUGGAAGACCUCGCGUGCUCGCGAGGCGCUCGUGGACAUGAACUACUAUUCGUGGUCAAAGAUGAACGUGUACAAAGACUACAUGGGGGUCAUGUACGGAGCAAACGGUACCACAAAACGGACAUCGCGGAAAUGAUCGGACAAACAUAUCAUGACAAAAGUGCGUUUAUGCGCAGUGCUCUCGGUACAAUUAAACACGUUGAAGACUUUUGACAGAAAAGAGAAUAUUGCAUUCAGCUGUAUCGAAUUGUGCCUAUUACUUAAAUGUUAAAAUAUUUUCCUAUAUACACACUAACAUCUAUAUUUCUACACUCAAAGGCACUUCAGCGCAACUCGUUUGUCAUUCUCAUUAAAAAAAAAUGCUCAGGAUAUCAACUUGAUUUUUUUCCAUUUUUGUAUGAUAAGAUGUUCUUCAAAGUUGCAUUUAAAUUAUUAAUACAUGGCGCUGUGACGAGUCUUGGCCACGUGCGGUUGUGGUUUCCACGGCAAAUAAAGG